UUUACUCAACAAGCUUUUACUUACAAGAUUUUCAACAUGUGAGACUUGUCGUGCUUUUUCUCCACUCUUAACGCGAAUUGUCGCCUUUGUAUCGCAUAGUUUAGUGAAAUUUAACCAAACAAGAACUAGUUUGUGUUGAUUUGCAACUUUUCUGCCUGAUAUUCGCGAGCGUCGAACAAAGCUUCAGAAUGCCGCUGAACAUUUGCAAAGAAUGCGGCAGCUCGAGCCUGGACAUCGACACGGCCAAGGGGCAAGUGGUGUGCACCGUGUGUGGAGAGGUCAACGAGGCCACCAUAGUGGUCAGCGACCCCACAUACGAGGACAAUGGACACGGCGGCUCUUCCAUGAUCGGCACCUUUGUGUCCGCCAAUUCAACAGGCGCCGGCGGACUUGGUGAAGGUUUCCGAGGAUACAGGCAUGGAAUAAACCGCAGUUCCAAGGAGAUAACUUUUGAGAAAAUCAGAAGGGAGAUCAACGAUCGGGGCAAACAGAUGAAAAUGGAGCAACACAACAUUGACAAGGCCUUCAACAUCUACAAACUGGCAUUCGAGCACCGACUGACCAAGGGCAGGAGGAAUGACCUGGUGAUAGCUGCCAGUCUCUACAUCACUUGCAGAUGCGACGGUGGAAACUCGCAAUAUCUGAUGAUUGACUUCAGCGAGCACUUUGGCGUGGACAUUUACGAACUGGGCAGGACGUUCAUGCACUUUACCAAGUCUCUGAAUUUCACACUGAACUCAAUUGAUCCUUGUUUGUACAUCAUACGGUUUGCCAGUCGAAUGCAAUUUGGCAAGCAGACCACUGAAGUCAGCAACACAGCCAUGAGACUGGUGCAGCGAAUGAAGAAGGAUCACUUGCAUGUUGGAAGGAGACCUUCAGGGCUUUGCGGAGCAGCCCUUCUCUUUGCUGCAAGACAUCACGGCUUCAACAGAAAACCUGCCGAUGUUGUUCGAAUAGUGAAAGUGCAUGAAUCAACCUUGAGAAAAAGAAUGAUAGAGUUUGGUGAGACGCCAUCGUCACUGCUGUCCUUUGAGGACUUCAUGGCUGUAGACCUCGAGGAAGAGCAGGACCCUCCUGCUUACAAGGACGCAAGACGGAGAGACCGACAAAGGAGGGAAAUUGAGAAACAAGCAGCUUUGGAUGGAAUUGAGGGGGAGCAGGCGGUCUAUGAAGUGUCCGAGUUGCGGCAACAAAUCGAGAGGCUGUUGAAUGACAAGAAAGGGGGCAGGGCCAACAGUGAGGCGCCGGAGGGCAAUAAAAGAAAACGAACUGCUACUGAGUCCUCCUUAUGCGAAUUUGAGACUGACAUUGAGGACUCUGCAAUCCAAAGGGUGAUCGACGAGUCUACAAUGACCAGUGUGGUUGAGUGCAUAAAUUCUAGCAGUUUACUCCCCACUACUACCCCUGUCAACCAAGAGUUGAUAGAAGGCCCCACCUUGGCCAUGAUGGGUCUGGGCGAGCGACCGUCUGAGCCGCAGGAGCCCCUCGGCCCGAAGCAACCAGAGUCUGGUGAGCUCGAAUUCGACGAUCUUGACGACGACGAGCUCAACUACUACAUCCUUAGUGGGGAGGAGCGUAUCAUCAAGUAUAGGCAGUGGAUGGCAGAGAACGAAGACUAUGUGCGCGCCCAAGAGGAAAAGGCAGCACAGGAGGAGAAGGAUCGGCUCGAGGGAAAGCCAGAAAAGAAAAAGAGAAAGGCGCCAAGGAAAAAGAAUGCAACAGCACCUUGCAGCACAGCAGGAGAGGCCAUUGAAAAAAUGCUCAAGGAGAAGAAGCUGUCACAGAAAAUAAACUACGACGCACUUAAACAAUUGAGGGAAGGUGCUUCGACAAGUGCUACCCCCGUAGAGGUCAAGGGUCAGGCCCUUGCCUCUGCCACCCUGAUGCCUCCACCCAGCAGUAGAGGGGUUGUUCCAAGACGGAUCCAACCAAAGGUGGAGCCGAAAAUCAAGCAGGAGCCGAAACGGCCUGUUAAGGAGGAAAUUCCAGCAGCAUCCCCUCAGCCCGAGAGUGCAGAGGAAGACAACGAGGAGGAGGACGAGGAUGAAGUGGAGGAAAGCGAGGACGAGGAGCAGCUGGUGAGCAUCCACCACCUGUUGGAAGAGCAGCAGCAGCGCUACGACGACUAUUAAGAGGUUCUUCUGCUGAUGAUAAUUAAUUUCAGAGUUUAACUUUUUUCGGCAAUAAUUUGCCUAAAUAUUUAUAUGCCUAUUUAUUCAGACUUUACUAAAAUGUAUUUGAAACUACUUAAGGUGAAACAAAUUGUGUAUUAAUUUUUUUAAUACUGAGAUUUAAAUAAUUUGUAAAUCUAACCAUUUACUCUUCAGCAGAGGCGCUUCGCCCUUUUAUAAAUACAUAGAGAGAUUGUGAUAGGCACAGGGAAAGAUCAAUAAAUGAAAGUCGUUGAUAAUAUAGUUUCAAUUUUAUUGGACAAGAGGAUGAUUUUCACGUAACCUUUGCGUUGUCUUUUAUAGAAAAAAGAAACACAACUAGACGUGAGGACGCGCGGCGGACGAGACAGUCCUCCGCCGUCAUUCUUAUUUAUCGCAAACCGUAUUUUCAACUGACCACUUGAUGUUCGUUUUUCUCUAUUUUCUUCUUCUUAAAUACACAUGAUUUUUUUUUAAUCAAUAACAAACAAGAGUUAUAUAUUAAAAGAGGGGGGGGGGGGGUUGGCUCAUGGAAA